AUGAACUUGGCGAGCGCUGAGUGUCUUCGCUCCACGCCGCCACGCAGCCUCCGGGGCUCUGAUGGAGAGGAAGGUGAGAUCGAUGUCCUGGGAGAGGAGGAAGAUGAAGACGACGACGAGCAAGACGACGAGGAGGCGGAGGGAAGCCAGAAUUUCCUAGAGCAGCCUCGGCCGCCGGGGCUGCAGGGGGCGCGGCGAGGCGCGGGCGCGCAUCCGGGAGAGCGCACGGAGGGCAGCGGCAACCACAGCGACCUCUCGCAGUUUGGCACCAAGUUCAGAGCACCAACGAGGUCUGUGGCGGCCUUAGGGGAGUCCCCGCAGCCCGCCAAGCCGCCCUACUCGUACAUCGCGCUCAUCACCAUGGCCAUCCUGCAGAGCCCGCACAAGCGCCUCACGCUCAGCGGCAUCUGUGCCUUCAUCAGCGGCCGCUUCCCCUACUACCGCCGCAAGUUCCCGGCCUGGCAGAACAGCAUCCGCCACAACCUCUCGCUCAACGACUGCUUCGUCAAGAUCCCCCGCGAGCCGGGCCACCCCGGCAAGGGCAACUACUGGAGUCUGGACCCAGCCUCCCAGGACAUGUUCGACAACGGCAGCUUCCUGCGGCGCAGGAAGCGCUUCAAGCGUCACCAGCCGCCCGCUGGAGCCCACCCGCACCACCCCUUCCCCUUGCCCGCCGCGCCCACCGCUCUGCAUGGUCCCCACCCGGGCCUCCUGCUUGGGACCCCAGCCCCGCCGCCGCCCGUUCAGGGGGCUUUCCCCACCGCGGUCCCCGGGAGCCGCCCGUGCGCGCUGCUGCACCCGCAUCCCCUUCGCUACCUGCUGCUGUCGGCCCCGGCCUACGUGGACCGUCCGAGGAAGGAGGAAGGCACGGACGCGGCGGCCCCCGGUGGCCUACGGGUGGUGCAACCCUCGCAGGGUUCCCGGCCUUGGGAGGAGGGCAAAGCCCCGGGGUCGCGUUCGGGGGGCGGUUGCACCUCCUUUAGCAUCGAGAGUAUCAUGAAAGGGGUGAGGGGGGCGGGUGCAGGGACAGCGCCCAGCCUGCCGGCGACCCCGUGGAGUUACUGCCAUCUGCUGCAGCGCCCGUCGUGCCUGGUGCACGCCCAGGCCGCUGCCCCGUUGCUGCACGUGUCGGCAGCCGCCGCGGCCGCGCGGACCUUCCUGCAGCAGCAGCAGCAGCAGCAGCGGCGGCGGGAGGAGGAAGAGACCUGCGCCGGCGGCUGCGUUCCCAGCGACGGCGCGGCCCUGGGCCGGCACCUGUCGGCAGCCGCGGCGCUGCUGGAGUGUCAGCGCGCGGAAGAGGGUUCGAGACUGAUGUCGCUGGCCGCUCCUUCCGGCGGGGAGGGGACCUCGCCGGCGUUCUGA